AUGAUUUCCCCAGUCUACCAAAUUCCUGAGAAGCCCCUCCACUCCGGGCGACCUGUGAGGAUUAUUUGUAUCGGAGCUGGGGCUUCGGGCCUGUUGCUUGCGUACAAAGUCAAGUAUAAUUUCGACGAGAAAGACGUCGAAAUACAAGUCUAUGAGAAAAACAAAGACCUCGGGGGCACGUGGUUGGAGAAUAGAUACCCCGGGUGUGCUUGUGAUUGCCCAGCUCACACGUAUACGUGGUCCUUUGAACCCAAGACGGACUGGUCACAGGCGUAUGCCACCUCACCCGAGAUAUACGAGUAUUUUAGAGAUUUUGCCCAAAAAUACGAUCUCGAGAAGUAUAUCCAGUAUGAGAGUCCAGUUACAGGAGCUACCUGGGAUGCGGAUUCUGGAAAAUGGCUUGUCGAGAUGACCACCCCAGCCGGGAAGAAAGAAGACUCUUGCGAUAUCCUGAUUAACGCAGGAGGUAUAUUGAAUGCCUGGAGAUGGCCGGCCAUCCCUGGUUUGGAUAGUUUUGCAGGUCCAAAACUACAUUCGGCAAAUUGGGAUCAGAGUCUGGAUCUCACAGACAAGAAAAUUGGCCUGAUUGGAAAUGGAUCCUCGGGAAUCCAGAUCUUGCCCACCAUUCUCCCGCAGGUAAAGCACGCCGUCAACUUUAUUCGUGAGCCCGCAUGGAUUUCGCCAAUUAUUUUACCGGGUUUUGAAGCCCGCAAGUUCGAUGAACAGGAAAAGCAGGAGUUCCAACAAAAUCCGGACAAGCACUUGCAGUAUCGACGAUCCAUAGAAAGCAGUGGAAAUGCCAUCUUCCCGCUCUUCCUCACGGAGAGUCAACAGCAGCAACAAGCAAUGUCAUUCUUUUCACAGAGCAUGAAGGAUCAGAUCCCUGACCCCUAUCUGAGACAAAAGCUCGUCCCGGAAUGGAGCGUUGGUUGUCGUCGCCUGACGCCUGGCACUGGCUACCUGAAAGCCUUGAGUGACCCCAAGUCCAGUGUGGUGUAUGGUGAGAUCACAAGGAUAGGUCCCAAGGGCCCGGUCACCGAAGAUGGAAAAGAGCACCCUAUCGAUGUGCUUGUGUGCGCUACGGGGUUUGAUACCAGCUUCAAACCACGUUUUCCACUUCGAGGCUCCGGGGGCAUAUUGUUGAGUGAGAAGUGGGAGAAUAAUCCAAAAGCGUACCUGGGCAUGGGGGCUCCCGGCUUUCCCAACUACUUCAUGUUCUUAGGCCCAAACUGCCCGAUUGGAAAUGGACCUGUGCUCAUCGGCAUCGAAGCCCAGGCCGACUACUUCAUGAAGUUCAUUAAGAAAUUUCGUGAAGAAAACAUCAAGUCCUUUACUCCCACGGAAGAGGCUGUGGAGGAAUUCACUCGUCAUAAAGACGUAUGGAUGAAGCGCAGCGUCUGGGAUAAGGACUGUCGCUCCUGGUACAAAAACUCGUCAGGAACGGUGACCGCUGUCUGGCCAGGAUCCGUUCCCCAUUACAUUGAGCUCUUGGAAAGGCCGCGCUUUGAAGACUAUGGCUGGGAAUACACCGACCCUAGUAAUCGCUGGUCAUUCUUGGGCAACGGUUUCUCGCAACGAGAGACCUUGGGUGCCGAUCUUGCUUGGUAUAUUCGCCAAGCGGAUGAUGCGAUCCCGUUGGGCAAAAAUGAACGAUUCGCCUCGACUUUGAAAAAAACUAAAUAG